GGAUUCCCUCAGAAAUUUGGGAGACAUUUUUUUUUUUUUCGUUGUACUGUUUCUCCAGACAAUCGUACUGUCAUGGCUCGCAAGCAAUCAUCACCAUCUGCGGAGCCGGUGGUCGCUAGAUCGUUGUGGCAAUCAUACAAAGCUCUUCCAGCCCGAACACGACUAUAUGUCUCCAUGGCUGUAUGCUCUGUGGGCGCAGUAGGAAUGUAUGUGUCCGACUACUUGGAAAAGAAGUAUCCAGUGGUGCUGCCAAGUGUCGCGCCCCCAUCGUCCCGGAACGCGGCAGGUCCAGCAUGAGCAGUUAUACAGAACGAUUGGGUAGAUAUUGAAUGUGACAGUCACUGACCGUAGCGUGAGUUGGAU